GCUGGACAUCCUGGGUCAGAGGACAUCCUGGGUCAGAGGACAUCCUGGGUCAGAGGACAUCCUGGGACAGCUGGACAUGGGACACAGCAGGAAAUUCUCCGCCCUUCUGACAUACAGCGACUCAUGUGACUACAGAGUGGUCAUCCUGAUGCGGGAGAGAACUCAGGGCAACAGCGUCACGCAGCUUCACAAGAAGCUGCAAGAGGAGCACAGCGCAGCGUGGACCCGCCGCACGCUGGACUACUUUGCUGCCUGUGAGCCCUUCACUGACUCCUGUCUGGUCGAGCCGCCAGUGUUCUCUGCCCCCCCGCCCCUCCCGGCCCUCCCUAAACCCAAGUGGCUUCUGGCUGUGUACGCCAGGGACGUCCUGUCACGGCUGCCUGAGGUAAAGGCCAGAAUAACCUCUGUGUUUGGCUCCGUGCUCAAGAUGGACUCCACCAAAAAGGUUACCAAGAAAGUGGCCGGUGCAGCUGCCAACACAGCUGGGUGGUGCACCAAUGUGGGCAACGAGCACGGCCAGGUUCUGGUGUGGGUCCUGACAGCAGCAGAGGGCCAUGGACUGUGGCCCAUGGCGGCUGGUCUUAUGAGGCGCUACAGGGAGGCAGGAGUGGCACCUCCUGUCAUAAUGUAUGUGGACCGGGACUGCUGCAGCCCCCACGGACAGUCACAGGUCAGGGCCAUGUUCGCUGAGUGGAGGGAGCUUCAGGUGCGCCUGGACAUCUGGCACUUCAUGCGGCGUUUUGCAGCAGGAGUCACCACUGAGGCUCAUCAGCUGUAUGGAAUAUUCAUGGCUCCACUGUCCAGGUGCAUCUCUGAGCUGGAUCCGGCAGAUGUUGCUGCUCUUAGGCUGGCCAAGCAGGGGCAGCUUCUGGCCCAGGGAGUUGGUCCAGUCUCUGAGAAGGCCCUGGACCAGAUGAUCACCAGGAGGGAGUUGGCUCUUCACUGCUGCAAGAGGACCAGGGGAGCAGAGGAGACCGCCAGGAGGAUCAAGGCCCUGGUGGAUGAGAUGGACAGUGAGAAGGGGAGGGACACUCUGGGAGGACCACUGGUGGACCACGAGUGCAUUCAGCAGGUCUGGAAGGAGCAGCAGAGACACAUCACCUGUAUUCAGGACCCAGAGGGCUUCUCUCUGUACCUGAAGACAGGCACACUGAAGAAGGGUGGUGUGGACCUCUGCUGCUACCGCUGUGCUCGUGGCUCCACCUCCUUGGAGUCCUUCCACCUCCAUCUAAAUCGCUUCAUCCCAGGGACCAGUGCCAGCGACGCCCACUUCCAGGCCGACCUCCUGGAGGGUCUGAUGCUGGAACCAGGACCGCAUGGAGGAAGCUGUGAGCUGAGGAUCUACAGCAGCGCUGAGAGGGAGGCCAUGGACCGACUCAGCUUGGAUGAGCGCUACCAGCCUCCUGGGUCACAUACAGGCAAGAAUGAUUAA